AUGGCGCCCUCAGUUGCCCAAAUUCCAGACAGAGAACAGACUGCUUCUGUGGUCGUGCCGGUCAAGGCUGUGCCUGAGUCUGGCGAGACGAAGCCCAAGAUCCGAAGAGUAAUCGACGAAGAGCCAAACACCACUGCCAGCUACCCUAACUACCUUCCAACCUGGGACCACGGUGAAAAAUACCCUCCUCUCCAGCCCUACGAGCACGUUGAACACGGCAAAGGCGCCGACCCGACAUUCAAGGACUUGCUGCCGGAGGGCUCUAAGAUCCAGAAAUUGACCCCCACCAUCGGCUCCGAGGUGCACGGCGUGCAGCUCAGCAAGCUUUCCGACGCUGGCAAGGACCAGCUCGCGCUGCUCGUGGCGCAGCGCAAAGUAGUGGCAUUCCGUGACCAGGACUUCGCUGACCUACCCAUCAAGGAUGCGCUCGAGAUUGGCGGCUACUUUGGACGGCAUCAUAUCCACCCUACCAGCGGUGCACCGGAGGGCCACCCGGAGGUGCACAUCGUGUACCGCAACGGGUCAGAUGGCGAGGUCGAGGCGUUCUUCGCAAAUCGUAAUAGCAGCGUGCAGUGGCAUUCGGACGUGUCGUACGAGCAACAGCCACCGGGAACGACGUUCCUGUACGUGCUCGAUCAGCCGGAGGUGGGCGGCGACACAGCGUUCGUGAAUCAAGUCGAGGCGUACAACCGCCUGUCGCCGGCCAUCAAGGAGAGACUGCACGGGCUCAAGGCCACUCAUUCGGGCGUGGAGCAGGCCGACUUUAGCAAGAGCCGUGGCGGCGUUGUAAGACGCGAGCCCGUUAUAAACGAACACCCUAUUGUACGCACGCACCCGGCAACGGGCGAGAAAGCACUUUAUGUGAAUAGUGGAUUCACCCGCAGCAUUGUCGGGCUGAAGAAGGAGGAGAGCGAGGCCUUGCUGGCGUUCUUGCUAAACCAUAUUAGCCGUGGUAUCGACUACCAGGCCCGUAUACGAUGGGCGCCCAAGACAGUUGUUGUCUGGGAUAACCGUGUUACUGCUCACUCUGCUAUUUUCGACUGGACGUCUGGUGAACGUCGCCACCUCGCACGUAUCCAGCCGCAAGCUGAGCGGCCAUACGAGACACCGUAUGAGGUGGAGAGCAAAUAG